AUCUUGCGCUCGACCACAUCAGUCCCGACACAAGAUCAGAAACGCGCCGCCUAACCCUUCCAUCGUCCCAACGAGCUUCAAACAAGAGACAGAGGAGUACCGACAAAAGAGACGAAUUAAGAAAUAGAAAACAAAAUGGAAACCACUAAAGCCCACCACACCUCCCUACCAUCCUCGAACCCACCCAGCGUGGAAGUCGCCUACAAGCGCAAAUGCAUCGCCCUCAAAAAACGCCUCAGCGAGAUCGAGGCCGAAAAUGAGAUGAUGAGCGUCCGCAACCGCCGCGGCUGGCAGUACAUUCAGAAGAUGCGCCUCGAGUCGUGCAUCCUGCUCGAGCACCUCGCCAAGGUCACCGGCAUGGCGGAGGAAGCUCAGGCCGGCGGCGUUAGCUCCGAGCUGCGUGCCCGCGCCGCGGGAUUGAUGUCGUCUGCUGCUGGCGCGAAUGGUAUCGCCGAGGAGAAGAAGAAGAAUGGGGAGUCUGCUGCGGGGUAUUAUGAGGAUGAGACGGAGGGGAGCUCGGAUGAGCAGCCUCCUACUCCCCAAGAGCGUCCCCUCCGCGUCAAACGCUCCCGCAAGUCCAACGUUCCCAACGAACUCGGUGACGACGACGCCGCCUCCGCCACCAACGCCGUGGAACCCUCCACCGUAGUCGGGUCCUCGACUCUCCCGCGCCUGGCCCCGGCCCCCUCGCAGGACGACAUGACCUCGUCCUUCCGCGUCCAGUCCGGCAGCAAUGGCGACAAGGAGAGCAAUCCCAACGAGGGCAGUGACCGCGGCAGUCAACAACCCCCGGAGGGCUCGCGGGGGCCGGAACCUGAGGACGAUGAGGGUGCCACGACGCCAAUGGAUAUGGACAUGAAGGAGCCGAAGGAGGAGAGUUGAUUUGAUUCCUCCUCUUUCUUGAGUUCCUUUUUCCUGUCCUGUCUUAAUUUAUUUUUGUCUUAUUUCUUGUAUGUGUAAUUUGGUUUGGGAGUGACAUGUUUCAUUUUUUUUUUCUUUCUAAUUAUUUUUGUGUCUUAUGUGAGGAGCUUUUCUUUGUCCGUUCAGAUUGGGAGUUGUUGAGAUUGUGGUUGUUCACUAUUUGUU